AUGUGGCCAUCUGAACCAGGAACAACCGAAAUCAAGGAGAACGAGGCCAACGGUGAAAUGAUGAAACCAAAGACACCGCCUUCGAUUACGAGAUCAUUGAACAGUAUAUCGAAAACGGUUUUACCACCGAAUGUUGAAGCGGUCAUUGACUGUAAACGCUACAGCAGCCGUACGAGGUUGUUACGAGUUACAGCGUCGGUAAAGCGAUUCAUCAACAACGCGAGAAGGCGUCGUUCAGCAUCAGAUCUACUCACUGCCGACGAAUUGAAAACAGCAGAAAAACUCUGGAUAAAAUCGAUCCAAGCGAGCAGUUACAAGGACGAAGAGCAAUAUCUGUCUCAGGUCAACAAAAAAGAGCCUCUAUUAGUCAAGCAGUUGGGGUUGUUUCGAGAUCAAGAAAACAUUAUUCGUUGCCAUGGUCGAAUUGGUGAAUCGUCAUUGUCGUUGUCAGAGAAACAGCUGAUACUCCUUCCUCCGAAACACCAUUUUACCGACCUGAUUAUCCUGGAUCAUCACGAGACUGUUCAUCAUAACGGAAUCAAGGAAACCUUGAACAGCAUCAGAGAGAAAUAUUGGAUUGUAAGGGGACGGGAAGCAGUGAAACGUAUAGUAAGACGAUGCGUGCUCUGCAAGAAGUUGGAAGUUAGCAAAGGUGGAGGAGUUGAUUCGAAGUCGGGACAACGUGGUGAGAGCAGCGAAGGUUCGUGUUGUCAACAGCGAUGCGGGAAGAUUGAUUGUGUUACGACGACCCAUACAGCACCUAAUACCGUUAGAGUUACCUCCUACAUCCGAGAAAGAAGAUCAAGUAUCCGAAGUCGAAGAAACUCAACUUGUAAAGCAACCAGAUCUCAUUGUUCCAGCCUCCAGGAAUGA